CAAACUUGCAUCCACUUCCCAUAAACUAUUCCAUAAUUACAGCCAUGAACCUUUCGCUCACUCUGAGUUUCCGACCAACGGAGCCUUCUCUGUUUCACCGGAAAUCCUUCUCUCCGAUCAAGUAUCCACAAAAACAGCACGCACCCAUUUUUCAUCAACCAAAAUUGGACCCAAGAAGAACUCAGUUCAGGGUCACGGCUAAGAGACCGUCGCCAAUAGAAGGCUUAAGCGAAGAGAUGAGCGCCAUGGCUUCGCAGAAUCUAGACCAUGCGCCUGCUCGGAGACGAGUUCGGUCGGCAUUCGUUGACGUGCAUCAACAGCUUGAUCAUUGCUUGUUCAAGAUGGAUCAUGCUGGCAUCAGAACAGAGGAGUGGUAUGGAAGGAACUCAAAGGGCAUGGAAAUUUUCUGCAAAAGCUGGUUGCCAAAACUAGAUGUUCAAAUCAAAGGUGCUUUAUGUUUUUGCCAUGGGUACGGUAGCACUUGCACAUUCUUCUUUGAAGGUAUCGCUAAGCGAAUUGCUGCAUCUGGGUACGCUGUAUAUGCUGUGGACUAUCCAGGUUUUGGUCUUUCUGAAGGGUUGCAUGGUUACAUCCCAAACUUUGAUGAAUUGAUUGACGAUGUUAAUGAACAAUUUACUAAUAUCAAAGGAAGACCUGAAGUGAAAGGUUUGCCCUGCUUUAUAAUGGGAGAGUCCAUGGGUGGAGCUGUCACUCUCAAGAUUCAUCUAAAAGAACCGUCUAAAUGGGAUGGAGUAAUCCUUGUAGCUCCAAUGUGUAAAGUAAGCUCCUUCUCUUUCUUUGUUUUUUGUUUAGUUUUCACUACCAAAUUGUGUUUCCGUGUUUACAUGACGCAGAAAAACCUCUUUCCCCAGAAAGACAUGGCUGGCCUAAGCUACAGAGAUCCGAGAAAGAGAAAAACGGCUGGUUACAAUGUGAUUUCUUACAAAGACCACAUGCGAUCAAGAACAGCUGUGGAACUGCUGAAGGCCACAAGUGAUAUAGAAACACAGUUGGAUAAGGUUUCAGGGCCAUUGCUAAUUCUUCAUGGAGCGGCAGAUAAGGUGACCGAUCCUUUAGUGAGCCAGUUACUUUAUGAGAAGGCCUCUAGCAAGGAUAAAACUUUGAAGCUCUAUCAAGAUGGUUAUCACUGCAUUCUUCAAGGGGAACCUGAUGACAGAAUUUUUACUGUCCUAGAUGACAUUGUAACAUGGCUUGACUUUCGGUGCUCCCCUAAUUAAAAUUUACAGCAUCCUUUCACAUUUUCCUUUUAAGAUUUUGAUAAGAUGCCAGUGCUUGAAUU